AUGACAGAGAAGAACCCGGAGCACAUGGAGGACUCCACCACACGUAUAAACUCGGUGAACCUGGACGAGCUGGUGAACCGUUUGGUGAAUGGCGUCCUGCAAACCUCCGCCGCCAACAUCCAGGAGCUGCUUCUCUGCAUCGAGCGCUGGAAAGAGGAGGCCCAGACCGACGACCGUCUCGCCGCCGUCCGGGACAAGGCCGAGCGCCACCUCCACAAGUUCUCCAGCAUCAGGAAGACGUUUGUGCCCACGGAGGAGACCAUGUGUGUGAGCUCCCAUGGUCCCGCCGGUCUCACCGAGGCCGGAGGGUUCAGCCGCUUCGUGGACGUGGACUUUGUUUCACUGUCGAGGGUUUUAACGGCAGCAAAGAAAAGAAUUGUGGGAAAGAGUCCGAUGGAAGAGAGAGUCCUGGGUUCGGAGUCCAGAGACCAGGAAGAAGUAUCUUUAAGGAACCAGGAGCAGCCAAACGCCGAGACGACGGAGACAGAAAACUACACAACACGACAGCGGAUCGAAGGAGAUGAGAAAGUUAUGUUUUUGUUUCGCUCCGAUGGAAAGAGUUUGAUGAAGUCUCCAGGUCUGUCCUGUCCUGAGGAGGAGACGGACCAUCAAACUUCUCGCCAUCAUGUUGCUGGUUUGGAGUCGACACCAGAGUCCGUGAUUCCAGAGUCUGUGAUUCCAGAGUCCGUGAUUCCAGAGUCCGCGAUUCCAGAGUCCGUGAUUCCAGAGUCUGUGAUUCCAGAAUCAAUUCAAAGAACUCCUCGCCAUCCUGUUGCUGGUUUGGAAGCGACACCGGAGUCUGUGAUUCCAGAGUCCGUGAUUCCAGAGUCUGUGAUUCCAGAGUCCGUGAUUCCAGAGUCUGUGAUUCCAGAGUCCGUGAUUCCAGAGUCCCUGAUUCCAGAGUCCCUGAUUCCAGAGUCCGUGAUUCCAGAGUCCGUGAUUCCAGAGUCCGUGAUUCCAGAGUCCGUGAUUCCAGAGUCCGCAAUUCCAGAGUCCGCAAUUCCAGAGUCCACGAUUUCAGAGUCCGUGAUUCCAGAGUCCGUGAUUCCAGAGUCCGUGAUUCCAGAGUCCGCAAUUCCAGAGUCCGCAAUUCCAGAGUCCACGAUUUCAGAGUCCGUGAUUCCAGAGUCCGUAGAGUCCGUGAUUCAAGUGUCCCUGAUUCCAGAGUCCCUGAUUCCAGAGUCCGUGAUUCAAGUGUCCCUGAUUCCAGAGUCCCUGAUUCCAGAGUCCGUGAUUCCAGAGUCCGUGAUUCCAGAGUCUGUGAUUCCAGAGUCCGUGAUUCCAGAGUCCGUGAUUCCAGAGUCCGUGAUUCCAGAGUCCGUGAUUCCAGAGUCCGUGAUUCCAGAGUCCGUAGAGUCCGUGAUUCGAGUGUCCGCGAUUCCAGAGUCCGUGAUUCCAGAGUCCGUGAUUCCAGAGUCCCUGAUUCCAGAGUCCGUGAUUCCAGAGUCCGUGAUUCCAGAGUCCACAAUUCCAGAGUCCACAAUUCCAGAGUCCGUGAUUCCAGAGUCUGUGAUUCCAGAGUCUGUGAUUCCAGACAGUGUGGACCUCAGUCAGUCCCAGUCGGAGUUCAGCAAAGACAAAGAGAAGGACGUGGAGGCAGAGGAAGAAGCUGAAGAGGAAGAUCCAGACCAAAUCUUCGUAUUCAUCAAAGACAAACAGGAAGCCGGAGCAGAGGCGGAUGAAGCCGUAGCCGCAGACGCCCUGAGGCAGCAGUUCUCACUCAUGUGCACAGUGAUGGUGACCCGUCUGACUGACACCAUCGUCAAAGAGGUCUUCGUUUCCUCUGGAGAAUGGUUGGACUCUCCGGACAAGGCGCGGCUGAAGGAGGUCUUCACCAUCGACGCCUUCCACCAGUUCCUGAAGAAGAGGCGGGAAAGUCCUGGCGACCGAGCGGCGAGGGUCCGGAUCCCAGAGGAGGCGGCCGCUGAGGUCAUGGACAGAGUCAGAGCCGUCGUCGACAAAUCACAACAGACACUUUUCCAGUUCUGUGCAGACCUGGCUCAGCUCCAGACCUCGGACUCUGACGGACGUUAUGGAAAAACCUCCUCGGGUCAUGAGUUCUGGGAUACGGAGAUCGACAAAAUGAUGCCGGUAUUUUGUCACGUUGGAAAGAGCCCAAAGAAAUCUCUGGAAGUUCCAUCUGAUUCCACCGAUGGCAAACUCUGCUCCUCGUUCAGCUGCACCGAGACCAGAACAUCUCCGAGGGCUUUUCCCGAUCGUAAAGUUACUCCGGAUUCACCAGACAAGUUCCAAGCCGGAGCAGAGGCGGAUGAAGCCGUAGCCGCAGACGCCCUGAGGCAGCAGUUCUCACACAUGUGCACAGUGAUGGUGACCCGUCUGACUGACACCAUCGUCAAAGAGGUCUUCGUUUCCUCUGGAGAAUGGUUGGACUCUCCGGACAAGGCGCGGCUGAAGGAGGUCUUCACCAUCGACGCCUUCCACCAGUUCCUGAAGAAGAGGCGGGAAAGUCCUGGCGACCGAGCGGCGAGGGUCCGGAUCCCAGAGGAGGCGGCCGCUGAGGUCAUGGACAGAGUCAGAGCCGUCGUCGACAAAUCACAACAGACACUUUUCCAGUUCUGUGCAGACCUGGCUCAGCUCCGGACCCCGGACUCUGACGGACGUUAUGGACGGAGCAGGUUUGGAGCAAAGUGUGAGAAAUGUCAUAAAUAUAUUCGACCGAAGCAGACGGAAAGUGAAAAUACACAAAACACAAAGUGA